UCUUCAGGUGUUCCGUGUUCGUUUAAUUUUCCCAGUCUUUCACGGAGUGUCUUCUCUUUGUCUUCUGCCUUGUCCUCCUCCUUCUUCUUCACCUACAAUAACCCCUCAAAAGGAACCAUUUGAAGCUCACCCUGAGCUGAACACAAAAUGAAGAAACUAAAGACUUAUUACAUGCAAAUACGACACAACAAUAUCCACCAAACGACAGUCGAAAGAAAAUGGAUUUUCCUUCUCGUAAUCGGCUCAACACUCUCUCUUUUCCUCCUCUUCCUCACCACUUUAACUUCACCGGACGGCACUCCGUUGUUGCCGUUUUAUCGUUCCAUUUCGUUUUCUGGCUCUUCGAUUUUUGUUGAAUCUAAGCUUCAGCCUAGUCCCAUUUUAACCCUCCCUCCCCCUCCUCGUUUUGCUUACAUGAUCUCCGGAUCCGCGGGCGACGGUAACAUGAUGAAACGCACCGUUUUGGCGCUGUACCAUCCGAAUAAUGUUUAUGUCCUUCAUUUGGAUAGGGCGUCGUCGGAUGCCGAGCGAUUACAUCUCAAGCAAUUUGUGGAUGAGCACCCUUUGUUUGUGCAAUUUGGGAAUGUUAAGGUGAUUGCUAAGGCCAAUCUUGUGACUUAUAGAGGGCCUACAAUGGUGGCCAAUACGUUACAUGGGGCAGCUAUUUUGUUGAGGGAAGGUGGAGAGUGGGAUUGGUUUAUUAAUCUCAGUGCGUCUGAUUAUCCGCUUGUGACUCAAGAUGAUCUGUUGCAUACAUUUUCGUAUUUGCCGAGGGAUCUGAAUUUCAUUGAUCAUACUAGUAAUAUUGGAUGGAAAGAGGUCCAGAGGGCGAAACCGAUAAUUAUUGAUCCAGGGUUGUAUAUGACAAAGAAAGCUGAUGUAUUUUGGGUUACACAGAAGAGGAGUGUACCAUCUGCAUUCAAACUCUUUACAGGUUCUGCUUGGAUGGCACUUUCUCGGCCUUUUAUUGAUUACUGCAUCUGGGGAUGGGACAACCUACCACGGACUGUGCUCAUGUACUAUUCAAAUUUCUUAUCAUCUCCAGAAGGUUACUUCCAUACUGUCAUUUGUAAUGCUCAAGAAUUCCGUAACACCACUGUCAACAGUGACCUCCAUUCCAUAUCAUGGGACAAUCCUCCUAAGCAGCAUCCACACUACCUUAACAUAGCUGACAUGAGAAGGAUGGUUGACAGCAAUGCCCCAUUUGCGCGGAAGUUCCCCCGUGAUGAUCCUGUGCUUGACAAAAUUGAUUCUGAGCUCUUGUCCAGAGGUCCAGGAAUGGCUACUCCUGGUGGUUGGUGUGUAGGAACUGGGGUAAAUGGGACAGAUCCGUGUUCUCUUAUUGGUAAUAUCACCAGCCUCAGGCCUGGCCCUGGAGCUAAACGGCUUGAAAAUUUGAUAAGCUCUCUGUUAUCAAGUGAGAAAUUCCAGCCAAGACAGUGCAAGUAACAAGAUCCCAAGUCUACUUUAGGAAGUGCUUCCCAUAUAUUUUGGGCUAGUGUAUAUCUGAAGAUGGAAAACAGAUAUGACAAGUAAUCAGUUUACCUUCUUGUAAGGGAAAUAGAAAUUAAGCAUGCAGAAAGUACAGGCAAUCUCUGGUUUAUACAGUUGGAUUGUAUAUACGGUCACACAAUAUAGAUGGAUUUGCCAGAAAGAUUUCAGCGACCCAGCUGGGAGUAUACUGUAUACAUGUAAGAUUCUGUAGAAGUGACUGAGCUUGUUAUUCUGUCUGAGCAUCCCACUGUAUUUGCCCUUUCAUUAAGUACAUGCAUUUGCCUUGAUCCAACACCAAGCUUGUUCAGGACUUUGAUUGAUGUAAUGGAGGAACAUCGUGGCUGAAAUCGUGUUAGGGAAAGAAAAUUCACUGAAAAUUUCAUAUAACAAAUGAAAAUUCUUAGUGCCUUGUGUAGUAAUAA